AUGAUGUCCUCUUACAUCAAGUCGCCUUCCGCCCAUUACUCGGUCAACGCUUUGGCCCUGGCUGCACCUGCCUUGGAGAUUCUACAUGGAACGAGCACGGCGGGGUACUCGGGCACGCCUCGGAAGCAGCGCCGAGAGAGGACCACAUUCACCCGGGCUCAGCUUGACAUCCUGGAAGGCCUUUUUGCUAAGACCAGAUACCCUGAUAUCUUCAUGCGAGAAGAUGUCGCUGGCAAGAUCAACCUACCAGAAUCUCGAGUCCAGGUUUGGUUUAAGAACCGGCGUGCAAAGUGUCGCCAGCAGCAGCAGCAACAGCAGCAGCCAGCAGGCGGGGGGACGUCCAAGACCAGACCAACGAAGAAGAAGUGUGUCUCCCCACCCCGAGGUGGAGCAGAGCCUGGGCCAGAACCGCCGGGUCCCUACAGCCCAGCUCCGGCUCCCUCAGCCACUCCUCCUUCAGCAUCCGUAUCCAUCUGGAGCCCCGGUCUCUCCCCACUGUCCGACCCGCUGGCAGCAAUGGGGGCCUCAGGAAGUUCAGCUAUUUGCACCCAACGUGCUCCGGGGGCUUCUGUGGCUGCCUCCUCUUCCUAUGCUCUGACCUACGCCCCAGCCCCAGCAGCCUUCAGUGCUUCCUCCUCACCCUAUGGAGGUUCUAGUUCCUUCUUCGGGGGUCUAGACUGCAGCCCUUACCUCUCUCCCAUGGGGUCCCAGCUAGGAGGACCCGGUUCCUCCCUCAGCCCCCUCCCUGCUCCUGGUUUGGGGCCCCACUUGGGCCAGUCGCCAGCCUCCCUGUCAGGUCAGAGUUUUGGGGCUGGGGGCCUGGGCUUCAGCCCUGUGGACUGCCUGGAUUACAAAGACCCCAGCAGUGCCUGGAAACUCAACUUCAACACAACAGCUGAUUGCCUGGAUUACAAAGAUCAGGGCUCAUGGAAAUUCCAGGUGUUAUAG